AAACAAUGGAGGAGUGAAGGUCCCUGAGGCAAGACAUCCACCUCAUACCCCAGGCUAUAGUAUAUUAACCAGGAGCUUCAGGACCAUUUUAUCUGUAGAAGGUGACUCAUGAUGAAAUGGAUGAACACUUUAUGGAGGAUCACACAACGUGGGAAGUAAUGAAUUUUAAGGAGGAAAAUGAUGAGUCAGGAGUGACAAGAGACAGUGAGAAAGAUGAGGAAGAAACACAUGAAUCAUUAGACAGGGAUGAACCGAAGAUGACUGAUCACUACCGGAGAAGAUACUUGGAAGUUUCCUCUUGUUUUCAGAGUGACCGUUGUGAUGCUAGUGAUCGUUUAAAAAAGAAUUGUCAAGAGGUAAAUGAAGACCAUGUAAAUUAUUGUACUGACAAGCAAGGAAUGGAGACUAUACAGGAAUCAAUAUGUAUCCAGCCUGACCCAGAGUUAAUGAACUUACCUUUACAAUUCAAACAUGAAAUUGAUGACCCUGAACUGUUAAAUAAUAUUAUAGAUGCUCAUCCUCACACAGAAAUUAUGGUUGUCCAGCCUAAUUCCACACUCAUGGACUUACCAUCUCAUGCCAUGAUCAAAGUUAUACAACUCAAGCAAGAGAGAGAGGAUACACAGCCUUAUUGUGAAGCUUUAGACACUAAAUUACAAGAAAAUUUGAUUCAUAUGAAGAGCCAACAGGUGACAGAGGAGAGCCAAAAUAAUCUCGAAAAUAAAUAUUCCCGACCCAGACGUCAGCCAAAGUAUAAGUGUCAGAACUGUGGUGGCGAGUAUUCUCACGUGCGAACCUUAGAGUCCCAUACCAGAAUAUGUGGAAAAAUUGGUAAACUAAGAAAAACAAAGUGCAUCCACCCUUCAUGUGCGUUGGAAUUCUUCCACAAGUUCCGGAUGAUUGAGCAUUACGAGAGGGAUCACUCGGAUGAAGGUCCAGAACUAAAAGUAGAUCCCAAUUUUAUAAAUCCAGAAUACAUCUGUUGCAACUGUGAAUGUGUGUUUACUAAUCUGUCUUUGUUACAUACCCAUGAAAAAGUUUGUGGUAAAUCAGUCAACCUAAAGAGCCCUUGUACACUGGACAAUAAUAAGAAAGUUCUGUGUAUUCAUCCCUCUUGUAGGAAAAAAUUUACCCAUAAGUCUAUAUUAAACCGUCACGUCAAGAAAGAACAUCCAAGAAUGAAGUCCCUGCUGGAGCCCCUUCCUAACUAUAGCUGCCAAAACUGCCUGCGUAAUUUCACUUAUAUGUCGAGUUUCCUGACCCACGAGAGAGCUUGUGGAAACAGAAGUAAAGUGCGGAAAACACCGUGUACUCAUCCACUUUGUAAGAGAGAAUUUUUUCACAAAUGUAGACUACUUCAGCAUGUCAGGGAGGAACAUCCUGACAUGGAGUAUGUUGAUCCUGUUAAGGACACCAAUUUUAGGUGUCCAAAAUGUGACCGCGAAUAUUCUCACGAGCGAAGCCUGAAAUCGCACACUCAGACAUGCGGUAAAAGAGGGAAAUUAAGAAAACAACAAUGCAUUCAUUCUUCAUGUACAAAAGAAUUUUUCCAUAAGUCCAGGAUGAUGCAACAUGUUAAAAGAGAUCACCCUGAUAUGGAGGAACCUAAGGCAGACAAUGAACAUGGCUUUAAGUGUCAGAAUUGUGACACAUUGUAUGGUCACCUGCAGAGCUUACAGAGACACAUGGAAAUUUGUGGUGUUGGAGGAAAAUUGAAAAAGACAAAAUGUAUUCAUCCAUCCUGUGAGAAAAUGUUUUUUCAUAUAUCGUCUAUGAUGAAACACAUGGAGAAUGACCACACUGAUAUGGAGGUGAACGUAACAGAGAAAAGUUUUGCUUCUCUAACUGAAUUUAAAGUUUGGAAAGAAGAUGAAGAGAUGAAAUCUUAUUCAUAUUUCAGUACAAGACACAGUGUUACGUCUAAUGAUGGUAAGGCAUAUUUGUGCUUUGUGUGUCAAUACAAUGGACCAGAUAGAUAUUCAGAAACACCAAGUGAUACAAGUAGAGGGUCUUCAAGAAAGUGGAAGAAAGGAAGAGUUAAAACUGGUAUGAUUUGCCCAGCAAGAAUGUUAGUUAAAGAAUGUCACAAUGGCUCGGUCACCGUUAAGUACGUUAAGACUCACAACCACGAGGUUAACAAGAAUAAUGUCAUAUAUCCUCCUCCUGCCCAAAGAACUUUUAGAAAAUAUCAUUUAGCAAUGAGAGAAGCAAGUAAGAAAACUGAACCAGUUGCCACUGAUGUUAUUGAUCAGACAGUUGAAAUUGCUAGUGGAGAAGAUGCUCUUGGUACUGUGGAAGUUUCUGUUGAGGACGACAUAAGUGGAGAGAUGACAGCAACAGCAGUGGGAACUGGUUACUUUGAUAAUACGGUCAGGCCUAAUUGUGGCUAUGUUCACACUCUAGAAAAAGCAAGUGAAACAAUCCAGCUCUUUCAACAAAGGACAAUGUCUCGUUAUAUUUGCUACAAGGUGCAGCGGAGUUUUGGAAGAGAUGGAUUGUGUGCAGAAAAUCGAAAGAUUCUAUGGCAGCAAGAAGAGCUCAGGGAAAACACACUUCCAGAGUUUGAUGGAGUUCCCUACAUCCUUAAUGGCACAAAAGUGUUGGAGUGUCAGUAUGGUGUGAACAGAAGUGCUUACCAAAAGAAACUCAACAGUGCAAAAAGAAAGCAGGAAUCUCUGCAGAGAGAAAAGUAUCCACAAGGUCAUGUCUCUAAGAAAGUGGACUGUCCUGCCAAAAUUUUUCUUAAGGAUGUUAUCAAGUUUCCUGAUUUUAAGGUACAGGUAGACUCACGGCAGGAGAAGAAGAUAAAGUCGAAUCUUCUCCGUCUGGCGCUCAAAGAUGGCCGUGCACAAGGUGAACGAAGAAUAUACAUCCAACUACCAAAGGAAUCUGAUCACUGCGCUCAUGAUAUGGGACCACUUGGCAAACUCCGAAAACCUCGAGCUAACAGAUUGUCACUCCAUCCUCUCUGGGAUACUCACCUGAAUGACAGCAGUUUUCUUCACACAUUUAGAGUUACAAAACCAUUGUUCCAGUUCUUAGUCAAUGAGUGGCAGAAAGAGGAGAAUGAAAGGCUAGAGGCGACUGGACUAACAGUGUCAGAAAAAGAGCUCCUGGACAACCAAGUCUUGGCAGCCCUCUAUUAUCUUGGGUCUGGUGACAAUCUUGCAGCAGCCAGUGCAAAAUUUAAAGUGAAACCAUCUAGACUCCUUGAUAUCACUGUGAAGUUUGCUGAUUUCCUUCUGAAACAGAAUAAUAAAUAUAUAAAGUGGCCGCCUGUGGAGGAAAGGGUACAAAUAGCAGAGAUUAUCAAGCAAGACUGUGGGUUCCCAGGAGUGUUCGGCGCCAUGGAUGCUUCCCUCAUCCACAUGACUCCACCUGUUGGGAAUGAUAAAUACAAUUAUGCUUUAACAAUUGGUGAUUCUGAAACCAAUUGUGCCUUUGUGCUGCAGUUCAUUGUUGACCACAGACUUGUAUUCCGAGACAUCCACUUGGAUUCCCCAAAGACAGGAACAAGGAUUCAGGUUUUCCAGGAAUCAGAAGCGUGGUUAGCCAUCCAGAACCUUACUAGUGCCGAGACACACUUGGUGGCCCCGGCUGUGUACCCCUUGGCACCAGCCCUCAUGACUCCACACAUGACAGAAAUGUUAUCUUACCAGGAGGCCUUGUACAAUGAGAAUCACCAGGAAGCUCACAAGUUGACUGCCAACGCUAUGACGGUGUUCAAGUCAAGGUUCAGACGCAUGCAAAAGCUUGAUAACCCCGUGGAAACCAGCGCAACACUGAUAAAAGCUGCCUGUAUAUUACACAACAUUGCUCUUAUGAAUGAAAGUGAAACAGUACUGAAUGACUUAGGGCUGGAGUACAACAGUGAAUUGGAUGAAGAAGGCUGGCACACUAUGGGCAUGGAGGAGGUUGUGGCUGAGAUUGGUAUUCUUGGUGGAGAAGAGAAGAGACUUUACCUCACCACUGUUAUGACAGCUCGAUGAGUGGAUAUACUAAGGAAGGUCCUCGUGCCGUCAAUAAAGGCAGCCACUUCCGACUCUUGCAACUGAGCUAACUUCAGCACCCCCACCAGCAAUGAUCCUGUCACCC